GAAAACAUUCACAAACAAUGUGAUUAGGUGAUAAGAGUGUGAUUUCUUCGCUCUGACGACUGUUUUAUUUGUUGUAACGACUUGUACGGUUUCUAGAUAAAAUCGCAAGAAUUUUGAGUGACUGUGAUAAGAAAAAAAUGGGGAAAGCUUCAAAUGGCACGAAAGAAUGUUGUACAGCUAGAGAUGUUUUGUGGUAUUUGACUUUCAUCGGCUUUGGUGUUAAUUACAUGUUAAGGACUAAUUUAAAUAUAGCCAUUGUGUCAAUGGUCAAAACUAGAACUGUGACCAAUCACACGUUAACCAGUGAAUGUUUAGUGGAAGAAAAUGUUACAGAAAAUUUUCAAAAUCACUUUUCGAAACAAAUUAAUGUGACCGAAGAUAAAUUUAAUGCCACUCAAGACCAUCUCUUCCCCUGGAAUGAGAAGCAGCAAUCGGCCAUUCUGGGUGGCUAUUUCUGGCUGCAUUGGAUCACCCAGAUUCCUGGGGGUAUCUUGGGUUCCAAAUAUGGGGCCAAAAUUGUUUUUGGAUGGUCAAAUUUUGUGUCAGUUCUUGGGUGCUUUUUUGUACCCAUGGCUGCUUACAUGGGUCACCACUACCUGCUAGCACUACGAAUGUUUCAAGGAAUGAUUGCUGGUUUCGCCUGGCCUGCAAUGCACAAUAUGACCGCCAGAUGGAUUCCACCCAACGAACGGAGCAAAUUUGUCACUGCAUAUUUGGGGAGUUCAAUGGGGGCGGCUCUCACGUAUCCCGUGUGCGGCUUUAUCAUCCAUCGCUGGGGGUGGGAAUGGGUGUUUUAUGUGUCGGGGGUGGCUGGUACAGUUUGGUUUAUCGCUUGGUGGUUUCUGGUCUACGACAGCCCAGCAAAACACCCCCGAAUCUCCGAACAAGAAAAAGAAUACAUUUUGAGCAGUUUAGGGCAAACUUACACAAAACAGAAAGCCCCUGUUCCCUGGAAGGAUAUAUUGCUCUCGCUACCCGUUUGGAUGAAUGUUUUGGCCCAAUGGGGCGGUCUUUGGGGUUUCUUCACCCUGAUGACACACGGACCCUCUUAUUUCAAGUUUAUUCAUGGAUGGAGCAUCCAAGCGACUGGCUUUCUCUCGGGCUUGGGUCACGUGCUGCGAACCACCUGGGCCUACAUGUCCGCCCUUUUGGGCGAUUAUUUGCUUAGGACGAACAGGAUGAGCAGGACGAACGUUCGAAAGCUGGCAACAGCCGGAUGCACAAUAGGGCAAGGAGUUUGCAUGCUAGGCUUAGCUUUUUCUGGGUGUGACUACACAUGGGCUGUGGUCUGGCUUAGUGCCGCUGUGGCCAUGAAUGGAUCAGUGUCCACAGGACCUUUGGCUUCAAUUGUCGAUAUUAGUCCUAAUUAUGCCAGUGUAAUACUUGGACUUGUGAACUCAGCUGCAGCUAUUGUGGGCUUCAUAACACCAGCAGUGGUCGGGCAAUUUACUUUCCAAAACCAAACCGUCAAACAGUGGCAAAAAGUGUUUCUUGUUUCUACUGGAAUGUUAAUAAGUUCUGGAGUUUUAUAUGUGUUGUUUGCGACGUCUAAUCUUCAAACAUGGAAUUCCCCCGAUAUCAAGCAAACCAAAAAUGAAUCGGAAUUAAUUUCAAUAAAAAAGAUAGAAGAGAAAGAAGAAGAAAAAAAUGAACAAAGUAUCACAAUUAAACAAUAAAUAAAAAAUGUUCAGAAUUUCGUUGUUUAAAACGUACGAAUGCAAUAAAGUUUUAUUUGUUG